AUGCCGUGUUACCUUUCCCCUUUAUUCCUGACAUCAUCUCCCCACCUCGUCUCUCAGGAUCUAAAGCAACCGUUCACCAGGCGCUCGAAUGGAGAAGCGGAAGAAGAGGAAAGAGAUGCAAGAGGCCGAGUAUCAACGGGACCUACUCUAAAUUAUGGUAAAAAGGGGGUCAAGGCCAUGUCCUACGUACUCCGCUUUGCUCAUUGUUCAGUUGUCGGGCCGUUGGCAGAAGCGAAUGUGGGGAAUGUCCAAAGACGGCCGUAUGAGGGUCUUGCUUGUGUUCGUACGAGCGGGAACGAAGACUGUAUGGAGACGAAGCGGAAUGUGAUGUGGUGUGAUGUCCAGCAUGAGCGCUCAACUGCGGGGAAACAAUAUUCAAUGCGAUAG